ACUUUUUUUUUUUUUUUUCCUUUUAUCUUUCAGUCUCUGUUUCUCUCUUAUAAACCCAAUCAAUCAAGGUUGAGUCUGUGAGUCUCAGUUGUUCUUCUGGGUUUUAGCCAUGGAGUUGCAGAGACUGAUCAGUGGUAGCCUUUUUGUUGCUAUUUUAAUGGGUUUUUUCUGUUCAUCUCAAGCUUAUACUUUCUAUGUUGGAGGAAGAGAUGGAUGGGUUUUGAACGGUUCUGAGGAUUAUAAUUCUUGGGCUGGAAGAAACAGGUUUCAAGUUAAUGAUACUCUAGUGUUUAAGUAUAAGAAGGGAUCGGAUUCUGUGUUGGUUGUGAACAAAGAGGACUAUGAUAGUUGCAAUACAGGGAAGCCAUUGAAGAAGAUGGAUGAUGGUGAUUCGAAGUUUAAGUUUGAUCGAUCUGGUCCUUUCUACUUCAUCAGUGGGGAGAAUGGUAACUGUGGGAAAGGAGAGAAGUUGAUCACCCUUGUUUUGGCUGUGAGAAACCACCAUCCUGUACCCUCGGCUCCACCUAAGGCUCCCUCACCUUCUGGGUCUCCUCCCAUGGCUUCUCCACCUAAGGCUGUGUCACCUUCUCCCGUGGCUUCUCCUCCUAAGGGAAAGGCACCUUCUCCCAUGGCUUCUCCACCAAAGGGAUUGUCACCUUCUCCUAUGGUUUCUCCUCCAAAGGCUAUGACACCCUCUCCCAUUGCUUCUCCUCCAAAGUCUAUGACACCUUCUCCCAUGGCUUCUCCCCCUAAGGCUUGGUCACCUUCUCCCAUGGCUUCUCCUCCUAAGGCUUGGUCACCAUCUCCCAUGGGUUCUCCUCCAAAGUCUAUGGCACCAUCUCCCUUGGCUUCUCCUCCUAAGGCUUGGUCACCUUCCCCCAUGGCUUCUCCUCCAAAGGGAAUGGCACCUUCUCCCAUGGCUUCUCCACCAGAGGCAAUGACACCUUCUCCCGUGGCUUCUCCUCCAAAGGGAAUGGCACCUUCUCCCAUGGCUUCUCCACCAAAGGAAAACACACCUCCCGUGGCUUCUCCAUCUCCGGUCGUUUCAACUCCUCCACCGUCACCGCCAACACCUAAUGCUCCAAGUCCAUCGGAAGGUGGUUCAGGCACUCCUUCAGAUAGCGGCAUCGCACCGGCUCCAGCACGGUCAUCGGCGCCGGGACUAGUAGCCUCAAUUGCUUUGGUUUCAUGGGUUUCUAUUUUUGUGAGUUUAUUGUCUCUUUGAGUUUUAGCUUAUCGAUUAAGUAGGAUUUGUUUUUUAAUUCCCUUAGGCUACUAGUAAUUAAUUCUAUUUGGAACAUAUAUAUAACUUUAUAAUUUGAUUCAUUUUCUAUAUUGGAUAUUGAAUACUUUUCACAA